AAACAGACCAUAUAUGUAUUCUGUUACGUAUUUUCCCUUUCGCACGGUUGAGGUUCCAGGUAUAUACCAUGGUCUCGUGCUUGAGGCUGCUCGCCCUCACCAGCUUGCUCUGUAUCGCUAGCGGCGCAAGACCAUUGUCAUCCAUAUCAUGGUCCGGAGAUGCGACUUCGUCUGCAAUCCCGACGGCGCAGCGCGAUUUCGACUACUUCAUGUUUGUCCGGCAAUGGGCAGGCUCAUUCUGCUCAACUCAUGCUUGCCCGCUGGUACCCAACCGCGGGUUCCACUUCACCAUUCACGGCCUGUGGCCCAACUACAGUAACGGCAGCUGGCCGCAGUUUUGCACUCCGGAAGACAAAUUUGAUGAGGACCAGCUCGAAGAUCUGAUGGACGAUCUGGAGGUCGAGUGGCCGAGUGUGUACGACUCGGACGAGACUUUCUGGGAGCAUGAGUGGUCCAAACACGGCACAUGCGCGCUGGACAUCUUUCCGUCGGAGCAUUCGUACUUUGGCCAUAUCUUGAAGCUCCACUGGCGGUACGACCUGUCGGCCGCUCUCCGAAAGGCCGAUAUCGUACCCUCUAGGACAUCGGUGUAUCGUACCAAGGACCUGAUCGCUGCGAUCGAGGACAUGUACGGCGCACGGCCGCUCGUACACUGCGGCAGGAAGCGGCAGCUAUCCGAGAUCUGGAUGUGUUUGGACAAGGACCUGAAGCCCUUCGACUGCGACACCUCCCAAGAGGGCAACGCAUGCCAGGAGGUUGUCAUUCCGCCCUUCAAGAGCCGUUUGGACGUUGACCAGCUGAGCAGCAAGGACGAGGAAGAGCGUGACGGCGUGCAGUAGCUGGCGGUGGUGGUGGUGGUGGUGACGGAACCGGUGAAUAUGUGAGCCCUUCCUUCCUCUGCGGGGGCCCCCCUAGUCCUGCCAGUUAUUCCUUAUAUUCAACUGGUGGUGGGAUCACGUUCUGACGAGCAGAAAAGAGGUCAUUGAUGAUGUCAUGUACUGCGAAAAAGGUGUGAAAGAGAGGGAAAAUAUUGUCAGGUGCGUCCAUGCUGACAUAGUGGCGAAUGAAAAGGGCUGUCGUUGCAAAGACAGGGAAAUGGCAAAAUAUAUAUACCCUGACAUGAGAAGCCCGGAGGUGGGCAAAAAGGUGUGACGGGACCCGGGCCAGGUUUUCAGACUGGCAGCGGCCAUUUUUUUCCGAUCGUAUGUUUUCAAAAUCAGGAGCUUUGCAGUCCGAUGCGACGUAUAUGUAUCAUUUUGAUUUUUUUUCCAACUUUCCGUGCGUUUUCUUUGUGGGUAUGAAGGCGUAUAUAAUAAAUAGAUCUUAACUCCGCUUUCCGGUCGGAUUGGUCAGCGCUUGCUUGCGUAGACCAACGAGGUUAGUUAAGCGUGUGUUAGGAUGUGCGGAUGUCAAAUACUUCAAAACCGCUUAGCCGUCGUAACCAAUCGUCACAUUAUUGGUUUUGCCGCGAUGCGUCGAUACUAUACAGUUCUCCACCAUUAACUCGGUCUUGUCGUCGUGUCGCAUUUCAAUUGCACUGCUAAUUUGAAACACGUAGAUUGGAAAUUGUAAAACCGCUACACCCG